CAGAAAAAGCAAACACGAAGGGCAGCGCGGAAGGGAAGGCGCGCUCGCCGGCUCGGCGCACGGGAAGGGACGCGCAGCGCGGCGUCAGGCAGGAAGGCAGCGCGGCCUCCAGGGGCACGUUUCCGCACGGCGGCGCACGGCAGGCCCCCCCCAGCAGCGUUGCGCGCAUUGCCGCCAGCAGCCCGUCCCGCCGGCCGCCUCGCGGAACGGACGGCCCACGCCGGGCCGCCGGCGAGCCGGUACCAACGGCGCCGGGCGGCGAGGGGCGGGGCCGGCGGCGAGGCUGCGGGCGAGCCUAUCGCUGAGGGGAGGCCGAGGCCUGCCGGCGCGUCCCGCCGCUCCGAGUCCGGCGCUUCCCCCCUCCGCGUGGCGGUGCCCGCGGCGAGGCGGGCGCUGCGGCCGCGGCCGGAAGCGGCGGCGUGA